AUGCCACGCCCAAAAGUCCACCCGAGCCAGCGCCAGCGCGCCGCAGAGGCAUGCAAUUUCUGCCGCGCCUCUAAGAAGCGAUGCAGUGCCACCGUUCCCUGCACCGCCUGCCAGAGGCGCGGCAUCGGUGACUCGUGCCAUCUCACCCACCGGCCUCGAGGCUUCCGCGCGGCGCCGCUGCCGCUGCCGCAUCCGCCCCGGACACGGGCUUCGGCUCCGGCUCCGGAGCAGGUCCCGGGGUCGCCGAGCGGUGGAGACUGCGUACGUCGUGCUGUGUCUGAUGGAAUCGGAAUGUUUGUCCAUGUGAAGCUGACACGCCAGCCUUUAGUGUACAUUGGCGAGGCUGCGUCUUUGUCCUUUCUCCAGCUGAUACGAGAUACCGUAACGGCACAGAUCGGACCGUCACAGUUCUCUCAUAAUGAGAAGCGCGAUAGUAUGCUGGAGAUGGAGCCUUCUGCGGCGGAGUCGAGCGGCUUGGGGACGGCCAGUUGUAACAUUGACCUGGAGGGCAGUCUGCUGUAUACACGGACAUUUGAAGCUGCUACUGGCGGCCUAUUGGACGUCUUUGGGCCAACAGAAAUUGAAGAUCUUCUCGUGAAAACCAAAACUGACGAGGCUCAAUCCCUCAACCCGUGCCAGCAUGCCUCCAUCGACCUCGUCAUAGCCAUUGGCGCUCAGUGCAAGUCCCCCCUCGAAGCGCAGCAGGUCGGGCCACCGUAUUUUCGACAAGCACAGCAGCGUGCCUUUGCCGGCAUGCUGGAGGAUCCAAACGUCGACAUGGUUCGCGCAUUUCUCCUCAUGGCCUUUUACAUGCUCGGCCACUGCCGGAGAAAUACGGCGUUCAUGUACUUGGGCAUCGCGGCGAGAGCUGCGGUUGCUCUGGGGAUGCACAGCCCCCAUUCUUACACGGACUUGAAGGAUCCCGUGCAUAGGCUUCACAUUUGGAUGAGUCUCUGUGUUCUGGAUAUGCUUGUGAGCUCUAUCCUGGGGAGGCCGCCUGCUACAGCUGGCCUCAGGGCGGAGCUUGACGCCGCAAUCAUCGGUUCCAACAGUUCGUCAGCUACGCGCCAAAGUCCACGAACCGCUGGCCUCUUUGCAUCAUACGAAAUACUCACCAUCAUAAACGAAAGCAUCGAAGCACUCUACGGCAGAAAAGUCUCCUCAACCAUCACGGUGGAGCCGUACUUGAGCAAAAUCGAAGCCUGGAGCAAACGCCUGCCCAGCUUUCUCCGCAACCCUCUCACGACGAGAGGAGAUGCUUCUACCCAGAAAGCUGCAACGGACAGCAUACACGUUGCCUGUCUCUACUACUUUGCCAUUACUCUGGUCACUCGGCCCGUGCUGAUAUCGAGACUCACUUCUCGCCCAGAUGUUUCCACGCCUUCGUCCUCUCCCCUGGCGUCUGCCUGUCUUGAUGCGGGAGUGUAUCUCAUACAGGCGUGUUCAGAGGCGCAUAAAUCUGGGCUACUGCUGGGGAAUAUGUGCAUCUUGAAAGCUCUCAUAUUUGCCGCUGGCCUCAUACUCGGAUUCGACAUGUUUGCGAAAAAGGAGCUCGACUACGAAGUCGAAGUAGCCUUUCGCAGCGCCAAAGACGUUCUCGAUUUCCUGGGCGUCCAAAGCCCCCAGGCUAGUCAUUACUCUGAAAUCCUCGGCCUAUUGUCUAAUGCAAUCAUGAAGCGACGCAUGGAACUGUCAUCGCGGCCUCGAAGCAAAUACGUCGGGAAGCUAUUUUCCUUUAAUAGAGAGGGCCAUUCGGACCACGAUGACAGCGCUGGAAACGAUGAAGCGCUGACUUUUGAUGACCGUAUCAACGUGUUGCGAGGUUGGGACGGGUUGGAGCUGUCUCAGUGGGAUAGCUUUCCUUUCUUUAAUCCGCGGGCGUUUGGGUUCUGA